CUAAAUACUUACAAUGGCUGUCGUAUCUAAUACCACACUUCUUCAAAAAUAUCUUUCUCUUGACCAAAGAAACAAGGUCCAAGUCGAAUACGUCUGGAUCGACGCUAACAAUGGUUUAAGAAGUAAGACAAGAACCGUCGACUUUGUUCCUCAGAGCCCUAGCGAAUUGCCCGAAUGGAACUUUGAUGGUUCUUCCACUGGUCAAGCCGAAGGUCAUGACUCUGAUAUUCUGAUCGAGCCCGUUGCUCUCUUUGCUGAUCCUUUCCGUGGAGGCGACAACAAGUUUGUGAUUUGCCAAACCUUUAACCCUGAUGGCACCCCUCAUUCAACCAACCACCGUCACCAUUGUAAGAAGGUGAUGGAGACUUAUGCUGCAUCCAAGCCAUGGUUUGGUAUGGAACAAGAAUACAUGCUCUUUGAUCCCGAGACCGGCAAGCCUUAUGGUUGGCCCAAGCACGGUUUCCCCGAGCCACAAGGCAAGUACUACUGUGGUGUAGGUGCUGGUAAGAUCUUUGGCCGUGACAUCAUCGAAGCUCAUUACCGCGCUUGUCUCUAUGCUGGUGUCAACAUCUCCGGUAUCAAUGCUGAAGUUGCUCCUGGCCAAUUCGAAUUCCAAGUAGGCCCCUGUGAAGGUAUUGCGAUGGCCGAUGAACUCUGGGCUGCUCGCUAUCUCUUGGAACGUGUUGCCGAAGACUUUGGUCUCGUUGUCUCUAUUCAUCCUAAGCCUAUCAAGGGUGAUUGGAAUGGUGCUGGUUGCCAUACCAACUUCUCUACUGAAGAAAUGCGUCAAGAGGGUGGUAUUGCUGCUAUCGAAAAGGCUAUUCAGAAGAUGAGCUUGCGUCAUGCUGAACAUAUCGCUGUCUAUGGUGAAGAUAACGAUCAGCGCUUGACUGGUAGACACGAAACUGGUCACAUUGAUCAAUUCAGUUACGGUGUUGCCAAUCGUGGUGCCUCUAUUCGUAUUCCUCGUCACGUCGGUAAAGAAGGCAAAGGUUAUCUCGAAGAUCGUCGUCCUGCCUCAAACGUUGAUCCUUACCGUGUUACUGCCAUCAUCGUUGAAUCUACCUUUGCCUAAGCUUUUAAGGGCUUUUUGUAUAUUAUUUAUUUUGUAUAUUUAUACCUUAGACAUUAAAUUAUUGGCAC